AUGGCCAUGACCUGCAUGAAGAACCAGCAGCCGGGUCGUCUAGAUCAAAGUACCAAUAAUGUGCAUGUCAUUCUAGUAGCACAUGGAGGAAGUAAAAUCCUGAUUGAGAGUCAGCAUCGACAAAGGUAG